AUGGUAUUGGAGGAGCUUAUUGAUAAUGCUGAUUUUUAUGCAUGCAAAUGUGGGUGCCUAGAAAGUGCAAGCGAGGUAUUUGAGAAAAUGACAAGAAGAAAGCCUAAUGACAGGAGACUUGUGCUUUUCACUUGGACUCUGACAAGGUUUGAGAGGUGUUCUACUCUAUCUUUUUCUAUUUCUUUUAUACCAAGGAAUCUAAUAUCCUUAUACAUGAAGAUAAUCAAUUCGGUCGUUAUGGUCGGAUUCUAUUAUAGAUUUCUGACCACACUAUCCAUAGGUCCCUCUUAUAUCUUCCUUCUACAAGCUCGGGUUAUGGAAGAAGGAGAAGAAGGAACCAAGAAGAGAGUAUCAGCAACAACUGGGUUUAUUGUAGGCCAGCUCAUGAUGUUCAUAACAAUCUACUAUGUAUCUCUGCAUUUAGCAUUGAGUAAACCUCAUACAAUAGCUGUCCUAACUCUACCGUAUCUUUUGUUGCAUUUCUUCUGGAACAAUCACAAAGACUUCUUUGAUCAUAGACGUCCUACCAGAAAUUCAAUGCGUAAUCUUAGCAUUCAAUGUGUAUUCCUGAAUAAUCUCAUUAUUCAAUUAUUCAAUCAUUUCAUUUUACCAAGUUCAAUGUUAGCCAGAUUAGUCAACAUCUAUAUGUUUCGAUGCAACAACAAUAUGUUAUUUGUAACAAGUAGUUUUGUUGGUUGGUUACUUGGUCAUAUUUUAUUGAUGAAAUGGGUUGGGUUGGUAUAUGUCUGGAUACAACAAAAUAAUUUAAUUAGGUCUAAUGUACUUGUUCGAUCUUAUAAGUAUCUUGUAUCAAAAUUUAGAAAUUCUAUGGCUCGAAUCUUUAGUAUUCUGUUAUUUAUUACCUGUGUUUACUAUUUAGGCAGAAUACCGUCACCCAUUCUAACUUAAAAACUAAAAGGAAUUUCCAAAACGGAAGAAGUGGGGGAAAGUGAGGAAGAAAGAAACAUAGAAAUAGAAACAAUUUCCGAAGGGGUAGGGGCUAACCAAAAAUAGGGGACCG